ACGAGACAAGCCACCUUCUCUCUCUCUCUCUCGCAUUCACAAAUUUGCGUCUCUUGCCCAAAUAACCACGGUUCCCUUCCGGGACCGUAAAACUGUAUCAUCUCCGACUAAGUUUGUCGCCGCCUUUUUCCUCUGUCAAAAACAUUCUCCGGUUUAGUACCUCUGCUUAAGGAUUAGAGAGGUAUUAUGGACUCGCGAGGGAAUGUGGCUGAGGAUAAGAAUGUUUCGAGUAAAGCGAUUCGAAAGAAGGUGAACAACACUGUGUCAAUAGCAUUAAAGAGAUAUAAGAUUGAUAGUUAUAUCUUACUGGACCUUGAUAAGGUAUUAAAUGAUGUCUACUGCUCUUUUCGACCGGUUUCUGCUGAUUACGAUACUAGGAAGGAAUUGGUGAAAAACCUUAAUGCUAUGGCUAUAGAUAUUUAUGGUAAUUCUGAAGAGAGCAGCCCUGUCCUUGAGGCGUAUGGGUCUUUCGUGAUGGAUAUGUAUUCCUCUCAGAGUGAUUUGGACGUGUCUAUUAACUUCGGUAAUGGAACACCUGAACUUCCUCGUGAGAAGAAGCUCGAGAUACUUAAAAGAUUUGCAAAGAAGCUCCGGUCUCUGCAGGGAGAAGGGCAUGUUAAAAAUGUUGAAUCUAUCUUCUCUGCUAAGGUGCCAAUUGUCAAAUUCUCUGAUCAAGGGACUGGUGUUGAAUGUGAUUUGUCUGUCGAAAAUAAAGACGGCAUUUUAAAUUCACAGAUCGUUCGCAUCAUAUCUCAAAUUGAUGGCAGGUUUCAAAAACUUUGUAUGUUGGUUAAGCAUUGGGCCAAAGCACAUGAAGUUAACAGUGCGCUACACCGAACCCUGAAUUCUGUAUCUAUAACAUUGCUAGUCGCUCUUCACUUACAGACUCAAAAUCCUCCCAUUUUACCUCCAUUCUCUAUGCUAUUUAAAGAUGGAAUUGAUCCUCCUAACGUGGAGAAAAGGGCACAAAAGUUCUUAAACUGGGGACAGCGUAAUCAGGAAUCUCUGGGUAGACUCUUUGCAACCUUUUUUAUUAAGUUGCAAUCCGUAGAAUUCCUUUGGAGGCAAGGGCUCUGCGUCAGUGUGCUAAACGGUCUUUGGAUAUCUAAAAAGUGGAAAAAAGUUGGCGUUGGAUCCAUUAGUGUUGAGGAUUUUACUAACGUGUCUCAAAAUGUCGCAAGGCGAGUUAAUGGUGCAGGAGCCAAAAAGAUAUACAGCUCCAUAAACAGAACUGUCGAAGACAUCUUUGAAUUCCUCAAUGACAAGGUUGCUGGAACAGAUCUCAGACAUAGGUUAUUUGGCAAAGGAGCUGUUGUGCAGAUUCCUCCUGGGGCGCCACUUAAUGGAAAGACCGCUGGAAUACACAGGGUGUCUGGCCAACAAGCUGUUGUGGAGCCUCGUCCUCCUGUGCAGCCGCUCAAUGGCAAAAUUGCUGGAACACAUCGCAAACAGAAGGUGUUUGCCCGACAACCAGUUGUGGAGCCUCGUCUUCCUGUGCCGCCACUCAAUGGCAAAAUUGCUGGAACACAUCGCAAACAGAAGGUGUUUGCCCAACAACCAGUUGUGGAGCCUCGUCCUCCAAUGCCACCACUCAAUGGCAAUAUCGCUGGCACACAUUUCAGACAUAAGUCGUUUGGCCAACAAGCUGUUGUGCAGCCUCCUCCUGUGCGGCCACUCAAUGGUAAUAUCGCUGGAAUUCAUUUCAGAGAUAUGUUGUUUGACCAACAAGUACUGGUGGAGUCUCAUCCUCUUCUGCCGCCAUUCAACGGCAAUAUCACUGGAACGCAUUUCAGACAUAGGUCGUUUGACCAACCAGCAGUUCUGGAGCCUCGUCCUCCUGUGCCUUCUCUCAACAUUUACUCACAGCAACUUCACAAUAACUACAGAAACGGGUUCAGUGGUCCUCCUGAAGAACAUUACAGCAAAAGAGUUUGUUUGGGAAACAACUACAGAGCUGUAGAAGAAACGGGUCAGUGGAGAGAGGAAGAGAGAUACGAAGAUCCCAGAGGAAAACGAAACAGGUAUAUCGGAAACUUUAACGGGUUUGAAGAGUUUCGUGAAAUUCCCCGUUUUGGAAUCCAUAGUAACCCUUUAGAUGAUCCUUAUAGACAAGUCCCUUUGAAUGCUCGAAUCCAUAGUAACCUUUUAGAUGAUCCUUAUAGACAAGUCCCUUUGAAUGCUGGAACAAAUGGUCAUUUGGUUCGCCAUAGGCAUGAUGGUAGAUAUAGUCGUGAAGAACCAAUGCAUGUGGGACCGUGGCAAGACUACAAUCGUAGAAUUGAUCCGCCACCACCGCAACCCCUUCCUCCUUAUGGUAGAGUUAGCUAUGAGAAUUUUCGUCCUCAAAACCUUAACCAACCUCAUUUUGGUAGAUCGUUUUACUAGUAGGGUUUUUGAACAGCAAAGUUCAAAACCAACCAUUUUUUAAAGAUGAAUAUAAAUUCAUUUUAGGGAGGAAUACAGGUUUUCGGUACUUCGGUUUAAAUGUGGAGAAGUGAAAUUGAUGUAACUACAGUUUUGGGUGCUGAGAAAAUGUCUUGAAUGUUGUAUGUUACUGUUUAGCUGGGAUAUGAGUUAAUUUUAUGCUGGAUUCGGUUAAAAUUUGGAUUGGAGGAUUUUUUACCAAUUUUAUGUAAUUUGUUUGUGUUUAAGGAUAACUUAAAUUUCAUUCUUCGUUAUGGUAUUA